AGCAGCAGCAGCCAUGGACCCCUUGCUCCGUGCGCCCGGGCGCGCGAGCUGAAGCGAAGAUUCCCCCCCCCCCUAAACCCCCUCUCCCGUCUGCGCAAAAAUUAAAUAAUAGACAUUUAUAUAGACCCCUCGUAUUCCAUUCAACAUAAAUGUUGCAACCUAAAGCGUCGAGCGAGGCGGUUGGUUAAUAUUUGGCGGUGUUCCCCCCUCUCGGUGUGGGUUUUUUUUGUUAUUUUCACAUUUUUGUGUUGCCUCUCUCUCUCCUCUCUCAUUGCUACAUUGUCGUUGUGGAGACGGGAGGAGCCGUGAUUCAGGAGGAGGAGGAGGUGGUGGUGGUGGGGGACGCCGAUGUCUCAGAGUCCAUGACAACGACCAAGACGAUGGUGAUGAGGAUGAUGAUGAUGGAAACGAUGAGGAUGAUGAUGGGGAUGGUGAUGAGGAGGAGGGAGGGGGUGAUGGCACCGGUGAGGAUGGGCACGGGGCUGAUGAGGAGGGAGAUGACGAUGGUGAUGGGAAGACGGCCAGCGGUGAUGGCGAAGGUGACGACGGCGCUGUGGUUGAAGGUGAUGUUGGUGAUGAUGCUGGUGAUGGCCAGGGCGACCGGCAGCGCUUUUCCAUCCUAUGUCCAUAUCGGAGCCCUCUUCAUCCCGCACAUGGAACAGGAGUACGAGGCGUUCCGCUUCGGGAUUUAUCUGCACAACAGCGACCCCAACAUGACCAUGGCGCCCUUCCAGCUGCAGUCGCGCGUCGACCACCUGCAUUCGGCCAACAGCUUCGACAUCACUAAUGCAUUCUGCUCACAGUUCACGCGCGGCGUGUACGCUAUCUUCGGCUUCUACGACAAGCACUCGGUGCACACGCUGACGUCAUUCUGCGGGGCACUUCACGUCUCCUUGCUGACGCCGUCGCAUCCGGCCGAUGGCCCCAUGCAAUUCGUGCUGCAGCUGAGGCCACCGGUCAGCGGGGCACUGCUCGGGGUGCUGGGCCGCGCCAACGCCUCCCGCCUCCUCUACUUCUUCGACACGCACAGAGGUCUCUCUGUCCUACAGACGGUGUUGGAAGCCGCUGCUCAUAAUGGCUGGCAGGUGAGCGCGGUGAACGUGGAGGAGAAUGGAGCCGAGGAAGCUCUCCGUACGGCCUUCACGUCGAUCGACUCGGCGCACGACCCCCGCUACGUGGUGCUGGAUUGCGAGCCAGCCGUCACGCAGAAGACCAUCACCCAGAUUAUCAAUAUCGGCAAGAAUGUCAAGGGAUAUCACUACAUCCUCGCCAAUCUGGGUUUCUCGGACAUGAGUCUCGAGACCCUGCAGCGCGGCGGCGCAAAUGUCACCGGCUUCCAGAUCGUCGACUACAAUGAGCCCAUGGUCCAGAAAUUCAUGCAGCGCUGGAAACAGUUGGAUGGGAGAGAGUUCCGAGGAUCACAUGACGGCCCCUUCAAGUACACGUCUGCACUGUCAUACGAUGCAGUGCUGGUGCUGGCUGAGGCGUUCCGUUACCUGCGGACGCAGCGUACAGACAUUCUGAGGCGCGGCGUGGCCGGGGACUGCCUCGCCAAUCCAGCCGUGCCCUGGAACCAGGGCAUCGAGAUCGAGCGAGCUCUCAAACAUGUGCGUGUGUCAGGACUCACGCAGAACAUUGAGUUUGAUGACUUUGGGAGACGGACGAACUACUCCAUCCUAGUCAUGGAGAUGAAGGAGACUGGCCCAAAGCAGCCAAACGUACCGGGUUUCUACACUGAGUCCAUGGGGCUGAAGAUGCCAACGGACAACGUCGUGGAGAAGGAGUUGACCGAAUCCAACAAUCACACGUAUGUGGUGUCGACCAUCAUGGAGGCCCCGUACGUGAUGUUGCGCAAGAACUCGGAAUUGCUGGAGGGGAACGAGCGCUACGAGGGCUACUGUGUGGACUUGGCAUUGGAGAUCGCGCGCCACGUGAACAUCAAAUACCACCUCGCCAUCGUGCCCGACUCCAAGUACGGCGAGAAGAACUCCGAGUCAGGCACCUGGAACGGCAUCGUGGGGGAACUCAUCUAUGGGAAAGCCGACCUGGCCGUGGCUCCGCUGACGAUCACGCUGGUGCGCGAGGAGGUCAUCGACUUCUCCAAGCCAUUCAUGAGUCUGGGCAUCUCCAUCAUGAUCAAGAAGCCGCAGAAGUCCAAACCUGGGGUGUUUUCGUUCCUCGACCCGCUCGCCUAUGAGAUCUGGAUGUGCAUCGUGUUUGCCUACAUCGGCGUGAGCGUCGUGCUCUUUCUUGUCAGCCGCUUCAGCCCCUACGAGUGGCGACCCGACGACAGCGCCGCCACCUUUGACGACGGAGGAGGUCUCGGGGGAAGAGACCUGGGCGCCAGCAUCGCCAACGGGGGUGGCCUCAGCCUGGUGGGCUCGGUGUACGGUGGGGGCGGCGGUGCCGGUAUGGCUGGAACCGCCCUCGUGGGAACCGUCUCCACCGAGCAGCCCAACGAGUUCGGCAUUUUCAACAGUCUCUGGUUCUCCCUGGGCGCCUUCAUGCGCCAGGGCUGCGACAUCUCCCCUAGGUCCCUGUCUGGCCGUAUCGUUGGUGGGGUCUGGUGGUUCUUCACCCUCAUCAUCAUCUCGUCCUACACGGCCAACCUGGCUGCUUUCCUCACGGUCGAGCGCAUGGUGUCGCCCAUCGAGAGCGCCGAGGACCUGGCUAAGCAGACGGAGAUUGCGUACGGAACCCUUGAAGCUGGCUCCACCAAGGAAUUCUUCCGGCGCUCCAAGAUUGCGGUGUAUGACAAGAUGUGGUCGUACAUGAAGUCAGCGGAGCCAUCUGUGUUCGUUAAGACAACGGCGGAGGGGGUGGCGCGCGUGCGCAAGUCCAAGGGCAAGUACGCGUACCUGCUCGAGUCCACGAUGAACGAGUACAUCGAGCAGCGCAAGCCAUGUGACACCAUGAAAGUCGGCGGCAACCUCGACUCCAAGGGCUACGGCAUCGCAACACCCAAGGGCUCCAGUUUUAGAAACUCCGUAAACCUGGCCGUUCUUAAACUCAACGAGCAGGGGCUGUUAGACAAGCUCAAAAAUAAGUGGUGGUAUGACAAGGGGGAGUGCGGCAGCAACACGGGAGACUCAAAGUCCCCAGUGAACCUGGCCGUGCUAAAGCUCAGCGAGCAGGGCAUUCUAGACAAACUCAAAAAUAAGUGGUGGUACGACAAGGGGGAGUGUGGCAGCAAGGAGUCGGGCAGCAAGGAUAAGACGAGCGCUCUGAGCCUCAGUAAUGUGGCCGGCGUCUUCUACAUCCUCGUGGGUGGACUCGGUCUCGCCAUGCUCGUGGCGCUCGUGGAGUUCUGCUGCAAAUCCCGCGCCGAAGCCAAGCGCCUUAAGCUGGCGUUUGGCGAGGCGCUGCGUAGUGAGGGGCGGCUGUCUCUGACGGGCAGCCUGGGCGAGAACGGGCGAAUGUUGGGCGCCGACUUCCCCCGCGCGCUUCACGCGCUGCCCGUCAUGCGGCACGGGCACAGCGUCACCGACCUCUCCUAGGCCCCCGCCGCCGGUUUCGACGCUGCCUGGCCGCCUGAAAGGAUCGCGAGCCUGCACACUGCACCACCGUUAAAAGACCAACCCGGGCAAAGGCUUCAAAGACAAACACUACAACUAAAAAGAAACACCUUUUUUCAUGCCUUCGAUAGUCCUCACAAAAGCGUCCGCCUUUGAAAACAAAUGUGCAUCGAGAAAACAAAACACGAUUGUACAAAAAUGUGCUCGCCUUGAGAGACAAAAGUGUGGCAGAUUCGUGAAUUUGUUUGGAUGGGUGAGUGGGGCGGUUAGCGGCUGUGGGACGGUUAUCUUAUUUAGGUUGGGUCUUUGAGGCGAGGGUCAGGAGAUCCGGGGAAUGUCCCCUUUAGCAUGGACAAAAAAUCUAUCCCAAGUUUACCGAGCAUCAUCGUCUCAAGAGGCCCUUCUAGUAACAUCGGUUAAUUCAUAGGACCUCAUGGUUAUGGCACCGCAAGUUACUUUAGGGGGUGUUGAACAGCCCAAACGGUAAUAUCUAUUGUAUGAGAAUAGUGAACAAUCACAUUAAUCCACUGUGGGAUGUUCAUACGCACCCUUGCGGUUGCACCACACUGGCCUCAAACACAGGUACAGGAAUUGUGCCUCUGUACCAUUAACAUUUUGAAAAUGGCAAAUAUCACGCUCGUGAUUAGCCUAGUGAAAUGUGUGUGUGUCACUUAAGUACAAAACAGUAACUGGUCCAGCGUUUUUGAAACGGGCCUGAACAUCUGCUAAUUUAAAAAAAUGCUUUUCUAGGCUAGUCGAAGAGCAAGGUUGCACCGUCAAAACUAACAAAACCUGGGCGAAGCCUGCGACAGGUCUUGGUGAUAUUGAGAGGGUACCUUUAAAAAAGGUGGACAUGGGACCCACUGCUAAGGGAUGCCUUUCUGGGGCAGGAGUAAUAACAAUAUACUGUACAUUUUUUUAAAACUUUAAAAAAAAUGAAAACUAACAAAAAAAUAUAGAACAUUAUUUCCAAAAAUACUAGUUAAAAGUGUUUAGUUUUUGGAAUAAUUAUAUAAAGGUACCGACACGAACGCACUCUCACACCCAUCUCACACUCCCAUUUACGAUGCUUGCAUGAACUUUUACUUGGAAGUUUUAAAUGGGCAAACGUUUACCACGUUAAAGCACUCUCGUAGCUUUCAUUACUUUGGAACAAAAUUAUAACUAUGAAAUGGAUAUUUGUUCUAUUUUCGUUGUUUGAAUUUUGUCGACUGUACAGCAAAAAGAGCCCAUGGGAUUAUUUAACGGGUCACCUGUUUUGAGCUGUUUGGUGUCCUCCCAUAAGUACAAAAAAAGGCAUUUGCCAAACAUCCUAAAAUACAGCACCCUUAAAAUAGUCAUGAGACCCAGUGAGGCUUUCUGGGUAGCUAAAACAAUAUUAAUAUCUUACAGGAUGUUGCUUAAAAUCCUACAGGGUGUUGCAGAUAUGACACUCUUUUUUCAGUCUCCUUAGGACCAACGGGAGAGGGUGACCAUGAUAAACCCUGGCCUGAAGUCCUGCCUGAGAAAAAGCCAGAACGAUAUUUGUGGGUCCCCAAACCCAUGUUGUGUGGCUCCUGAAUCCCUGGGCUCGCCUCAUUCCCGAUCCCCCUGGCUCCAUGGCCUGCGUAUCCAGUCUAGUCUGGCCAACUGGUCCCUGACAAACAGGGCUCGCUUUACAGACCUUACAGACUAGGAGCUACGUUCAUAAUGGCCAGUGAUGGGGUGGGGUAAUCAUGAGGGGUGAGAAUUGUGGUGCAGUCAGUCUUCUUUGCUCUUUUAUCUGCUUUAUUGGUGCUUUUGUGACUUGUAAAAUUAAUAACAAUGGUGAAAAAGGCUUCUUAGGAUUCGUUGCGGGUGAUUCUUUUGUUGAGUUAUUGGAGGUAAAAGGUAUCAUUUGAGACUAAUUUUCUUUCAAAAUAAUUAUACUACUGAUAGCUAUUACUGUGAAGAAAACUUAAGUGUUAAGUUUAAGCAUCCAUCUCACACCCCAAGAUGUGCAUUAUUUGAGAGAGAAAUGUUUAACAAGCAUUAUAACGGUGUUAUCAAUAACAGUAUUGGUAUGAUUAUUGCUGCGAUUCCGUAUUGAGAUGACUCCACUCUUCAGAUCUCACAGUGCUUGUAAGUGGUGCUUGGAUUUCGUAAUGCUGAUUGGACACUCGCACCCUCACUCUGGCUGGGCUCACCCCCCCCCCCCCCCCCUCAGCUGCCAUGCGUUUUAAGGUUUUAACACUCACGAUAUGACUUUAUUUUUCGUCUCUCGGGUGACGCGAGUGUUCGGAUCCCUGCGCUGCCGAGUCUCGUGUGACCACAGCCUUGGGGGUGGUGACUGAACUGACUCAAGCGGGUGACUGCAGACUUAUAUCUCUAGGUGUCUAGAAGUCCCUAAUGUAAAGAUCUCCAGGCAUCUAGGUUCCUACGCAUCUGAAACCACAGGACUCUCUGCAUUUAGAUCUGCACGGAACUUGGGAUUUGUAUUGAUGACCACGUAUAUAUAUAUAUAUAUGGCUAGGGCUUCUUGGCUCUUCCAUGUCUUGACCUCCAGGCAUCUAUGUUCCUAAAUAUUUAGAUCUCCAAGCCUCUAGACCCCACCAGAGGCCUUCUUAAGGCUUAUCGGCCCUUCCACAUCGAGAUUUCUAUGCCCCCACCUUCCUUUAAAUCAAGACCUCCAGUUCUUUAGGUUAAUACACACCUAGACUUCCAGGUCUCUUGCCCCCCUAGUCUAGUCCUCCAGGCCUCACUUCCAUACCUCUAGGAUCCAACCAGAUCAAGACAUCCAGACCCAUAACCAAAUGUCUCGACAUUCAGCCCUCCAGACCUACAGGCCCCACUACAUCUGAAGCUCCUGGAAUCUAGAUCUUGUCUCCCCAGGCAUCUAUAGUUUCAGGCCUCACAAUUAGCCUCUAGAUUCCCACAAUUAAAGAGCUCCACAUUUGCCGAAGGCCCCAGAGCUUGGCUUCUGCACCAGCAGGCGUCUUUUAGAUGUUGCUGCCAUCACCAUCCAGGUUUGCAGACAUCCCCUUACGAUAAAAAAUAUAUAUAUUUUACGAAAGUAACUAAAAACAUAUACUUUAUUUGUAAAUUCAUACUCUGCAUGGGUAUUCAUACUGUACUUACAAAUCUAGUAUGGCCCUCGUGCCUUCUGCCACUCGUGGUGGUGCUGCUCCUGCCAUGCAAACUCUUCCCCCAGGUUCCGUGGAAUCUCCAAGUGCUGACUCGUAUGAGGGCAAAGCGCCUUUUGGGCGCUGUAACGAUGUCCUCUGAGAAAAUAAACCCGAGUGACUCAAACAAACCGACCAUUGGUGGAUUGAGAUGCAGAGCAAAAGUUACCUGGCAUUUGGGUUAAGUACGGUCUCAUUUGGAGUGUAGUGAUUUAACCCGGAUUCUAACCCCUAAUCCUGAUCCUAACUGAAGGGAAAAUACUGUUGCAGUAUGAAUCCCCUUGCAGAGUAUUACUUUUAUGACACAUUUCAAAGCCUACACCAGGUAAUUCCAUACGAGUCUGCAUCCAUCCUAUGCAAGAUAAGGUUUCAGACCAAUACUAGUCUGAGUUUGAAUCCCAUACCACUCUGAAUAUUAUUAUCAGGGUUAUGGGAAAGCGAGUUCUUUGGUGGCAUUACAGCACUUCCCAUUGAUGGGGGAGGGGUGGGGGUCAAGGUUCAGGGGGUGGGGGGGGGGCACAGAUUUCCCACCCCUCACACAGAAGGGCAAAUAGCUGACAAAAUUAAUCAAUACACUGUAUAAUCCACAAUUCAUAUCCAUUUAAACUCUCAGUUUUAUUAAAUAGCGACAAUAAAAAAAACUACUUGGAUAAUUAAAUCCACCAUGUAGAAUUUUAACUUGAUAUAUUUUCUCAAUUAAAUUAACUAAAGCUAAUAAUACUAAUUGAGCUAAAUUGUAUUUAACAUUUUGGAACCCGAGGUUGCAGCGCUAGUCAGGAGUACGGGAGGCCGGGAUACGUGAAGGGUGUGCAGUCCUAGUCCUUGCUGUAAAUAAUCUGCCUCACGCUGACAUCACCACCAUCACUGACAUCAUCAUCACCAUUGAUUAUCAUUAUUAUUAAUUAACAAUGACGUUAACAUGAAUUAUUAACUGGAAUAAAGUAUUGCUUUCUUAAA